AUGUCACAAGCAACUUUCAACGACCUACUGUCAAGAGUUUCUGCGAGCAUCACGUAUCGGAAUACGACAUUUAGAGACUGCAUUUGUCCUGAAGAAAGACUGUCGAUAUUUCUUAGAUAUUGUGCGUCAGGAUGUUCCUUCAAAGACCUGCACUACAAUUUCAGAGUCGGGGUAUCAACUGUUAGUAAAAUUAUCAAAGAAAUGAGUUGCAUUAUCUGGGAUACAUUAAAAGAAGAGUUUAUGAAGUUGCCCGACAAUGAAAAUAAAUGGGAAAACAUCGCAAAUGGUUUUGAUAUUAAAGCUAACUUCCCUUGA